AUGUCCGCUGGAGCGUGAUCAGCUGACACGGUCACGCGUAGGUUGGCGGAGCUAAAAAACAGCAAAACAAACCGGCUUUUAAAAUCAUCACCGAGGAACACCUUUACUCCACCACACUCAGCCCGAAGGACAUGUCCCAGUGAGCAGUCGUUUCUGACAAAUCACCAGAAUGUCAGGGAACAAUCUGGUCCUACCCAUUGUUUUAUGGGGCCGCACGGCUCCUACCCACUGCAUCAGCAGCCUGCUGGUGAUGGACAACUUCAACACCAUUAUCACUGGCUGCCAUGAUGGACAGAUCUGCCUUUGGGACAUGACGCCCGAGCUGGAGAUUUGUCCCAGGGCCAUGCUGUUUGGGCACACGGCCUCCAUCACCUGUCUGUCUAAAGCCAGCGCCUGCAGCGAUAAGCAGUACAUUGUCAGCGCAUCAGAGAGCGGUGAGAUGUGUUUAUGGGAUGUCAAUGAUGGUCGCUGCAUUGAAUUCACCAAACUUGCUUGCGCUCACACUGGAAUACAGUUCUAUCAGUUCACCAUCGGCACUCAGCGAGAGGGUCGUCUGCUCUGUCACGGCCAUUACCCGGAGAUUCUUGUGGUGGACGCCACAAGCCUGGAAGUUCUCUAUUCGCUGGUGUCCAAGAUCUCCCCUGACUGGAUCAGCUCCAUGAGCAUUAUCCGAUCGCACCGCACACAAGAGGACACAGUCGUGGCGGUGUCAGUGACGGGCAUCCUAAAAGUCUGGAUCAUCACGGCUGAAGUUGACAGAAUGCAGGACCUGGAUCCAGUUUUUGAAGAGGAGUCCAAACCCAUCUACUGUCAGGGCUGCCAGAGUAUUUCCUUCUGCACGUUCACUCAGAGCAGCCUGCUGGUGGUUUGCUCCAAGUUCUGGAGAGUCUUUGACGCAGGCGAUUAUUCGUUGCUGUGCUCGGUGCCUAUUGACAAUGACAAGGCCUGGGCUGGAGGAGAGUUCAUUGCAGCAGACAAAGUCAUCAUCUGGACUGAGGAUGGCUGCAGUUACAUCUACAACCUACCUGCCAGUUGUCUUCCUGCAAGUGUACAUUUCCGAAGUGAUGUUGGGAAAAAAGAAGGCUCAAUACCGCCGUUGAUCUACAGCAUGGAGAACCUAACCGACAAACAGCUCCUCAUCUGUCCUCCUGUGACUCGCUUCUUUUUUGGUCGACGAGAGCCCUUCCACAAGCUGCUUAUUCAGGGAGAUUCCGCAGGAAAACUGUCACUGUGGAACAUCCCAGAUGCCUCGCCUCCACAGCAACUGUCCACUCCUGCAGACCUGCAGGUGUCAUUCACCAUCAGUCUGCAAGCGGCAUUUGAUAAGUUGACUCCGACGUCUUCUGGAAUCAUUGACCAGCUAAGUGUCUUGCCUGGCAAGGAGGAACCCAUUAAGGUGACAGCCAGCGUCUACAUCCCCUCCCAGGGUCGACUGGUGUGCGGAAGAGAAGAUGGCAGCAUCAUUCUGGUUCCUGCUACUCAGACCGCAAUCGUACAGUUGCUUCAGGGAGAACACAUGCUUAGAAGAGGAUGGCCACCGCACCGCACACUGCGAGGUCACAGGAACAAGGUGACAUGCGUCCUGUAUCCGUACCAGGUCUCCCCUCGGUACGACCAGCGCUCUCUGGUGUCCGGAGGGGUGGACUUCUCUGUCAUCGUCUGGGAUAUUUUCACUGGAGAGAUGAAGCACAUUUUCUGCGUUCACGGAGGAGAGAUCACCCAGCUCAUUGUCCCACCAGAAAACUGCAGCACUCGAGUGCAGCACUGCGUCUGCUCUGUGGCCAGUGACCACUCAGUUGGCCUGCUCAGUCUCCGGGAAAGGAAGUGCAUUAUGUUAGCAUCGCGCCAUCUCUUCCCGAUCCAAGUUAUCAAAUGGCGUCCAGCAGACGACUACCUGGUGGUGGGAUGCUCUGAUGGCUCUGUUUACGUCUGGCAGAUGGAUACAGGGGCCUUGGACCGUUGUGUGAUGGGUAUAACUGCUGUAGAGAUACUUAACGCCUGUGACGAGCUGGCUCCAGCCACUGUGGACACCUUAAGCCACUCGGCAGUCAACCUAAAGCAGGCCAUGACUCGCCGGAGCCUGGCGGCACUGAAGAACAUGGCUCAGCACAAACUGCAAACACUUGCCACCAAUCUGCUGGCAGCUGACAACGCUGACAAGGGCAACCUGCCAAAAUACUCCCACAAUGCACUGGUAGUCCAGGCAAUGAAGACCAACCUCACAGACCCCGACAUGCAUGUGCUGUUCUUUGACGUGGAAGCGGUGAUCAUCCAGCUGCUGACAGAAGAAGCUCAGAGACCGAACCCUAUGCUGGUGUCCCCCGAGACCUUGCAGAAGAGCCAGGCCGGGGCUGACAAGGGAGGCUCUUUCCUGGCCAACAAGAUUUUCAAGCAGGUUAAGGAAACGAUGAAGGAGACGAUCAAAGAGCACCUGCUGGACGAAGAUGAGGAAGAGGAGGAGGAAAUGAGGAGGCGUGAGGAGAAGUCAAAGUCACUGAGUCUCCUGGAGUACAAUCUGACAAUGGACACGGCCAAACUCUUCAUGUCCUGCCUGCACGCCUGGGGCCUCAACGAGCACCUGGACGGCAUCUGUCUGGAGCGACUGGGCAUGCUCAGACCGCACUGCCCCAUCUCCUUUGGCCUGAUCUCCAGGGGAGGUCACAUGUCCCUCAUGCUGCCUACCUUUAAGGAGUCUCUACUGCGACAGUUGUCCUUUGCAACAGGCCGGAAGCUGACCCUUUCAGACAUCGUUGGCAAGGGAACUUACGGCGUGUCAAGGGCGGUUACCACGCAACACCUCCUGUCCGUCAUCUCUCUGGCCAACACUCUGAUGGGCAUGACCAAUGCCACCUUUGUCGGCGAGCACAUGAAGAAGGCACCAGCAAGGCCUCCCAGACCAGGAGGAACCCCGGAGUCUCCUCGUAGGACGCCGGCCACUCCCCCUCAGCCCUCCAACCCAGCAGUACAAGCCCAGAUCAAACAAGGUUGGAGCCAGCUGGCAGCAAUGCACUGUGUUAUGCUCCCUGACCUUCUGGGCCUAGAUAAGUUCCGACCCCCUUUACUAGAGAUGCUGGCAAGGAGAUGGCAGGACCGUUGUCUGGAGGUACGGGAAGCAUCCCAAGCUUUACUGUUGGCUGAGUUGAGAAGGAUCAGUCAAUCGGGGCGUAAGGACACUAUUGAUAUGUGGGCUCCUUAUCUACCUCAAUAUGUGGACACAGUCAGCUCCCCUGGGACAGCCACUGAACCCUCAACUCCAGCCCUUCCCCCUGCUGAAGCUCAACCACUCGAGGCCAAGGCUCCCGAGGAGGAAAUGGACGUCACGGAUGAUGACAUCACUGCAGGCUGUCUCUCUAACCUUCCACCAAAUGCCAAGAAGAUUUCCAAUUCGUACGAGGAGCGCCGGAAACAAGCCACUGCCAUUGUGCUUCUGGGGGUCAUUGGGGCCGAGUUUGGGGCUGAGAUUGAACCACCGAAGGGUGCAGCACGGACUCGAGCCGGAGGGCAGGUCCCUGAAGGCUUUGGACCAACAAGCGGUGGAUCUUCAAACUACUCCCUGGCCAGACACACAUGCAAGGCUCUGACCUUCCUGCUGCUGCAGCCGCCGAGCCCGAAGCUGCCGCCCCACAGCACCAUCCGCCGCACUGCCAUUGAUCUGAUCGGCCGAGGAUUCACUGUGUGGGAGCCGUACAUGGACGUGUCGGCGGUGCUCAUGGGACUGCUGGAGCUCUGUGCUGAUGCUGAAAAGCAGCUGGCCAAUAUCACCCUGGGUUUGCCACUCAACCCGCCGGCAGAUUCAGCUCGCUCCGCCCGACACGCCCUCUCUCUUAUCGCGACCGCCCGGCCCCCUGCCUUCAUCACCACCAUUGCAAGAGAGGUGCAUCGUUUCAAUGCCGCCCAGGCGAAUUCUCAGUCGCAGCAGAACGUUCACACCACCACUCUGGCUCGAGCCAAGACUGAAAUACUGAGAGUGAUUGACAUCCUGGUCGAGAAGAUGCCUGGAGAUGUUGUCGACUUGCUUGUUGAGGUGAUGGAUAUCAUCAUGUACUGUAUUGAAGGUUCUCUGGUGAAGAAGAAAGGACUUCAAGAGUGUUUUCCUGCUAUCUGCAAGUUCUACAUGGUUGGUUACUGUGACCGCAGUCACCGGAUUGCUGUUGGAGCUCGCCAAGGUUCUGUGGCCCUCUAUGAUGUUCGCACUGGAAAAUGCCAGAAUAUCCACGGUCACAAGGGUCCAAUCACAGCGGUGUCAUUUGCCCCUGAUGGCCGUUACCUAGCAACGUACUCCAACGCCGACAGCCACAUCUCAUUUUGGCAGAUGAACACCAGUCUGCUGGGCAGCAUUGGGAUGUUGAACUCGGCCCCCCAGCUGCGCUGCAUUAAGACCUACCAGGUGCCGCCGGUCCAACCGGCGUCUCCCGGAUCCCAGAACCACUUGAAACUGGCCCGCCUCAUUUGGACUUCCAACCGGAACGUCAUCCUGAUGGCUCACGACGGCAAGGAGCACCGCUUCAUGGUGUAAAAACCACACGGGUACUUUUACUUCACAACAUGGGUUAGUGUGGCGGUCGACAACAACAAAAACAUUUUAUUGGGGAACGAUCUAGAAUCUUGAAGACGGGAAGUAAGAACCCAACCUUAGUAGGUUUCCAUGUGUUUUAUCUCCCAAUUACUGAAUAUGUAAUAUAAGUUAUAUUUAGUAUUAUGUAAUGUAGUUAUUUAUCUGGUCAUUCCAACUUAUUAUUUGUUUUAGUUUUCACUUCAUUCCUAUUUAUUUGAUGCUCGCUCUUUAUUAUGAUGUCACAAUAAGUUUGCGUAGCUAUGGAGAAUUUUACGACAGUAUUUUACUUUACUUUUAUUAUUGCUGGAAUAAAUGAUUUUUUUUUCUCCA